GCGAGCGGCGGUCUGCACUCUUCUUCCAUGAGGCUGCUGCUGGCGCGGGUCCGCGCGGCACGACGCGGGGGGCGUGCCUCGCGCUGACUCAGCGGCGGCGUUAGCGGGCCCCUGCGCAGUUUUCCUUCCAGGGCCGCCGACUCCGCCCGCUGGCUUGCCAACCUGCCCGCCCCGCUCCGCGCCACGCAGGAGAAGGCGCCCGGGGAACGGCGAGCGCCGAGAGGAGCGCGGCCCGGGCCGGCUCCGGCGCUAGCGCUGCGACUGUAGUGGAGGACUACAGCGACAAGGACGUGGGCCGCUCUCCGUGCUCCCUGCGUACGGCGCCGCUCCUUGCGGCUGGCCGACCUUCGGGAGUGCAGAUGAUUGUGGAUUCUCCUGUGGGAUUAGAAGCCACGCCUCUUGUGAUCCGAAAACUCCAGGAAUAGCGGCCGAGAUGGAUGAACAGGCUCUUUUAGGGUUAAAUCCAAAUGCUGAUUCAGACUUUAGACAAAGGGCCCUGGCUUAUUUUGAGCAGUUAAAGAUUUCCCCAGAUGCUUGGCAGGUGUGCGCAGAGGCUCUAGCACAGAAGACAUACAGUGAUGAUCACAUAAAGUUCUUCUGCUUCCAAGUAUUAGAGCAUCAAGUUAAAUACAAGUACUCAGAGCUAAGCACAGCUCAGCAACAGCUUAUCAGGGAGACGCUUCUCUCGUGGCUGCAGGCUCAGAUGCUGAAUCCCCAGCCAGAGAAGACCUUCAUAAGAAACAAAGCAGCCCAAGUCUUCGCCUUGCUUUUUGUUACAGAGUAUCUCACUAAGUGGCCCAAGUUUUUCUUUGACAUUCUCUCAGUUGUGGACCUAAACCCUAGGGGCGUGGAUCUCUACCUGCGGAUCCUCAUGGCCAUUGACUCGGAGCUGGUGGACCGGGAUGUGGUUCAUACGUCAGAGGAGGCUCGAAGGAAUACUCUGAUAAAAGAUACCAUGAGGGAACAGUGCAUUCCAAAUCUGGUGGAAUCGUGGUACCAGAUUUUACACAAUUACCAGUAUACUAAUUCAGAAGUGCUGUGUCAGUGCCUUGAAGUAGUUGGGGCUUACGUCUCCUGGAUAGACUUGUCCCUUAUAGCCAAUGAUAGGUUUAUAAAUAUGCUGCUAGGUCACAUGUCAGUAGAAGUUCUACGGGAAGAAGCAUGUGACUGUUUGUUUGAAAUUGUAAAUAAAGGGAUGGACCCGGUGGAUAAGAUGAAACUAGUAGAAUCCUUGUGUCAAGUGUUACAGACUGCUGGGUUUUUCAGCAUUGACCAGGAAGAAGAUUUGGACUUCGUGGCCAGGUUUUCUAAGCUGGUAAAUGGAAUGGGACAGUCUUUAAUAGUUAGCUGGACUAAAUUAAUUAAGAACGGGGCUGUCAAGAACGCACAGGAGGCACUGGAAGCCAUCGAGACAAAAGUGCCACUUAUGUUACAGCUGCUAGUUCACGAGGACGAUGACAUCUCCUCCAACAUCAUUGGGUUUUGUUAUGAUUAUCUCCAUGUCCUGAAACAGCUCUCAGUGCUCUCGGAUCAGCAGAAAGCUAAUGUAGAGGCAAUCAUGUUGGCCGUUAUGAAAAAAUUGACUUAUGAUGAAGAAUAUAACUUUGAAAAUGAGGGUGAAGAUGAAGCCAUGUUUGUAGAAUACAGAAAACAGCUGAAGUUACUGUUGGACAGACUUGCUCAAGUGUCGCCAGAGCUAGUGCUGGCUUCCGUUCGCAGAGUCUUUAGUGCCACGCUGCAGAACUGGCAGACCACGCGCUUCAUGGAGGUUGAGGUAGCCGUGCGGUUGCUGUACAUGCUGGCGGAAGCUCUCCCGGUGUCCCAUGGCGCUCACUUCUCAGGUGACGUGUCAAAAGCAAGUGCUUUGCAGGACAUGAUGCGGACGUUGGUGACAUCAGGAGUCAGUUCCUACCAGCACACGUCUGUGACCCUGGAGUUCUUUGAAACCGUUGUUCGCUAUGAGAAGUUUUUCACGGUUGAACCUCAGCACAUCCCGUGUGUACUAAUGGCUUUCUUAGAUCACAGAGGGCUGUGGCAUUCCAGUGCUAAGGUGCGGAGCAGAACUGCCUACCUGUUUUCUAGAUUUGUCAAAUCUCUCAAUAAACAGAUGAAUCCUUACAUUGAGGAUAUUUUGAAUAGAAUACAAGAUUUAUUAGCCCUUUCUCCACCGGAGAACGGUUACCAGUCCUUGCUGAGUAGCGACGAUCAGCUCUUCAUAUAUGAAACAGCCGGGGCGUUGAUCGUCAACAGUGAAUACCCCGCAGAGAACAAGCAGGCCUUAAUGAAGGACCUCCUGACACCACUGAUGGAGAGGUUUAAGGUUCUGUUGGAAAAGCUGAUGAUGGCGCAGGAUGAAGAGAGACAAGUAUCUCUUGCAGAUAGUCUCAACCACGCGGUUGGGUUCGCCAGUCGAACCAGCAAGGCCUUCAGCAACAAGCAGACUGUGAAGCAGUGUGGCUGCUCCCAAGUCUACCUGGACUGUUUACAGACGUUCCUGCCGGCCCUCAGCUGCCCUCUACAAAAGGAGGUUCUCCGGAGUGGGGUCCGCACCUUCCUUCACCGCAUGAUCAUCUGCCUGGAGGAAGAGGUUCUCCCGUUCAUCCCCUCUGCCUCAGAGCACAUGCUCAAAGACUGUGAAGCGCGAGAUCUCCAGGAGUUCAUUCCUCUGAUCAACCAAAUCACGGCCAAGUUCAAGAUGCAGGUGUCCCCGUUCUUACAGCAGAUGUUCAUGCCCCUGCUUCACGCCAUCUUUGAAGUGCUGCUGCGGCCAGCAGAGGACAAUGACCAGUCGGCGGCGUUGGAGAAGCAGAUGCUGAGGAGGAGUUACUUCGCCUUCCUGCAGACGGUCACUGGCAGUGGGAUGAGCGAAGUGAUCGCGAAUCAAGGUGCAGAAAAUGUAGAACGGGUGCUGAUUACUGUUAUCCAGGGAGCCGUUGACUACCCAGAUCCGAUUGCACAGAAGACGUGUUUUAUCAUCCUCUCCAAGCUGGUAGAGCUCUGGGGAGGCAAGGACGGCCCAGUGGGCUUUGCCGACUUUGUCUAUAAGCACAUCGUCCCAGCCUGCUUCCUGGCACCUUUAAAGCAGACCUUUGACCUGGCAGACGCACAGACAGUAUUGGCUCUUUCUGAGUGUGCCGUGACGCUGAAAACAAUUCAUCUCAAACGGGGCCCCGAGUGUGUUCAGUAUCUUCAACAAGAAUACCUGCCCUCCCUACAGGUCGCUCCAGAAAUAAUCCAGGAGUUCUGUCAAGCACUGCAGCAGCCCGAUGCUAAAGUCUUUAAGAAUUACCUGAAGGUGUUCUUCCAGAGAGCAAAGCCCUAAGGACUGGACCUCCCUGGCCCCUGUCAUGAUCAGGAACUCCAGUUCAUAAUUUAUAAGGAAGCAGUUUGUGUGUGCCAUUCACACUGGUCCUUUAACAUUGUUUCCAGCAUAUUGCGGUGUAUGUGGGAUUUUCUGUAAAAUGGGUGUAAUUUUUCCCUAGAAAAGGUGUGUGACAACAAGAGAAGUUGCCUGCAUGCCAGUUUAAAUUGUUUAUGUAAAAUGCUGUUAUAAGACAUAGAUUUAUCCUAGUUCCUUAAUGUUUUUCCUUAUAUGAAACUUUUAAAGUUCUUUAUAAAAUACAGCAGUGGAAAACUGACUCUAACAAAGUGAAUGUAAAGCUGCAAAUGUUCAGUUUUAUGUGUGCAGACACAUAAGCUAUGGGGUAACAAUCAAAACGUAAUCUUUUGUAGAUAGCCAUUACAGUUCUUUAAACUUUCCAAUGCCAAUGUGUAUUCUAUAAGAGAAUGGGUUCCUAAUUAAGUCGGCUUAAAAGCAGGUGCUGGUGUUACACAUUUUUUAUAAAAAAAUAAAUUUUACAUAGUGAAAUGCACCAAGUCUUUUCCGGUAUUAUUAUAGAGAGCCUCCUUUUCCCACCUUAGUCAUUCUGAUUCCCACCUGAUGAUCUGCAAAUGAGAAUGUGGGUGCCUUACUUCACAGACAGUGCCCCAGAGGUCACUCACAAACUGUUAAGUCUUUUUUUAAAUGCACUGGAAACUGGCUCUGUCAGUCUAUGAUAGGAUUAUAAAGCCCAAUGUUUUCUAUGAUAUUAGAUGUCCUCAGAGCACAGCACACUUGAGGGUUUUUUUGUUGGUUUUUUGUCUUGAGACUGGGUCUCACUAUACAGAACAGCCUGCCUCCCAGCCACCGGGGUUAGAGCCGAGAAGCACCAAGUCUGACCACCUAACUGAAUCACUAUGUGCGACAGAAGAAAGCCAGAAGUGCAGUAGAGGUGUGGGCGGGGACUCAGGAAAGACAGACGAAGUCAGACAAACACAAGUCCAGCAACACAGCUGUAGGCGUUUAUGUCGAAAUCUAAGUCUGUGUUGUAAAUGCCCGGUGAAGGCCGGCUUCUAUCCUAAGCACUGCAUAAAAGCAGAGGAACAGAAAGGGAAAAAGAUCAGAAGUUCCAGGUCAUCCUCAACUACAUAAUGAGUUUGAGGUCAGCCUGGGCUACAUGAGAGUCUGUCUAAAAAUGCAGUCAGUAAAAGCCUGAUAUCUGUUGCAGAGGGUAUAUUAGUGGCAGAGGGCUUGCUUGAGGCCCCAAGUUCCAGCCCUAGCACCACAGAAAAAGAAUUCAGGAGAGACUUGUCUUAUUUUCUCCUUUGGCUACGUGUUGUCCAGGGACAUAAAUUCCCAAAAUCUUAUUAAAGCCUGUUUGUGUGCACAUACGUGGGGUAGGGGAGAAUAAGAACCUUAUUUGAAACAGAGUCUUCUACUCAGUGUUAACUGCUACCAGGCUUGAUAUGGGAUCCAAAUUCGGGCCCCCAUCUUGUUUAUCGAGCACUUUGCCUGCUUGAUCGCCCCCCCCACCCCCCUAGAUUUUACUCUAAAUUGUGCACAUGAAUCUGUUUCUGAUUUUAACUCCAGAAGAGAUAGCAUUUUCCUUUCAUUAUUAAAUAAAAGCUGUGAAGUAAAUUGACAGCUAAGAAUCUAUUUCAUCUACAGAGCGAUGAAAAUAGUGAAGUAUAUACAGUACUUCUAUAAAUAAUGAUUUUUUUUAAAAAACUAGGUUAAGUGGGCUAGGUUUGGUGGCUUCUGCUUGAAAUCACAGCAUUCGGAGGGGGCUGAGGCCAGUCUGGACUAGAGUGAGACUCUGAACAACAACAAAAACCAAGGCGAGCCAAACAGGCUGUUUGUUUGCUAUGUUCCUGUGCACUGUGGGAGAUGUAAUAACAUCUGGGGACCACAACGAAAUUGUACGAGGUAUUGUGGUGUGUAUCAGAGCACAGUAGUUAAGAGCUUGUACAAUGUUGACUCUGGAUCCAGAUUAAGUAGGUUCAAACACCACUUAACACCAGUAACUGAUUUUAGGACCUUGAGCAAGUUAAAUAACUUCUUCCUGCCUUGGUUUCCCCCCAUCCGAAAUGGAGGUGGGGGGGAACAAUGGCAGCUACCUCAUAACUUGUUAAGAAUCCAAUGAAUUAGAACACAGAUCUCAGUAUUAGCUUGUAUUACUGUACUAUCGAGUCCACACAUGGCUUUUUACAGCCCUACAGUGGGUUCACGUGUGUUUAGAUAGACCUGAGAAAUCAGGACAUGGAAAUCAGAGUGUAUUAAUAAGGAGCUUCAUUUAAUGUAAUCAUGUCUAAUAAUCCUCAUCUUCAUUCCUUGAGAUUACCCAAGUAUGGUCAAGAUCAAGAAACCGUCCCGUCAUUAAGUACCUUAUUUUUAAAAAGCAAGCACCCAAAUAAUUGUCUCGAGGGAAUCUCAUUUGUUACAGGUGAGAAAACUGAGGCAAAAUACAGAGGGUUUUCUGGUGCCUGAGUUAGUCCUGUGCCUAACCGGUUGUUUCAGUCUCCAUGCUUGCUGGUGGUUUCACAAGUGGCUUGACUUUUUUAGAAAGUAUUAUGUGGUAUUUUACUGUGUAUCACGUCUGUGGUAAACAAAACAAAACAAAAAAACAUGUGAAGUCCUUUGGCUUAGUCCUUUUUCCUCCAUCACUUUGGAGCUGUGGGUUGGUUUUUUUUUCCCCCUGUUGGAAGAAACUUGGAUGGACCUGUCAUGUCAUUAUCAGAACUGAAAUAGAUUUUAUUGUAAGCAGAAAGUGCAUUUGCUGUUAGAAUGGUUUCAUUGCCUAAACUGUUUAAUAUUCUAAUAAAAUAACUUUCUAAGAA